AUGGCACAAGAAGGUUUUUACAAGUGUGGACAAGUUGGUCAUUUCAUGAAAGAGUGCCCUAAGAACUGGCAAGGUAAUGGCAAUCAGGGCAAUAUAGCCCAAUCUUCUUCAGUUGCUCCACCAGACAGAACUGCAUCUCCACCAGAUAGAACUGCAUCUAGAGGAGGUUUUUACAAGUGUGGACAAGUUGGUCAUUUCAUGAAAGAGUGCCCUAAGAACUGGCAAGGUAAUGGCAAUCAGGGCAAUAUAGCCCAAUCUUCUUCAGUUGCUCCACCAGACAGAACUGCAUCUCCACCAGAUAGAACUGCAUCUAGAGGAGCUACUUCAGGGACAGGAGGAGGAGCAAACUGUAUUUAUGCUAUCACAAGUCGUCAAUAA